GCGUGGACAGGGUCGUCUUCAACCGGCUUUCAACCACCCUGCCUGCGAAGAAAGCAUCAUUAUCAGUUUAACCAAGUUACUUUUUCACUUGUUUAACACUUUGGCGCUUUGGCCAUGUGAUUUAGAUGGCACUGUUCGCCCAUUAUCAGCCGUAAAAUAAAUGAUCUCUCAGGAGGGUCUAACCAAAAUGGGAACCAAUUGUUGGUUUUUGAUAAACUUGUGAAGAUUCUGAACGUUUGCUUGAUCGUCUCCUCUCAUAUCGACAUGUGCUACCAAUUUUACGUUUACAUUUUGCUGUUGGCGUACUAUAUGCAGGUUAUACACCGCUUUGUUUGGCACACUUGACUUUAAUGGUUUGUAUUUGUACAUUGUAAUCUGCGACCACACUGUGACCUUCCUACAGCCCAGUUCCUCUCUUCCACUUCUUCUGGGUGUGCACACGCCGUAAAUGCCGCAUUUUGUUCUGACGGUUGUACUCCUUGCUCGUAAAACAUUAAUGCGAUGGGAGGAAGUUUCCAUUAACCCAGAGAAACAGAUGAGUGCUGUGAGUCUUCGUUGAUUCAUAUCGCCUCAAUCUGAGUUCAGCGUUUCCUGGAAUUAGUCAGUCAUUAACCGUAGUGAAGCAACAUCGUGUCAAUUAAAAUUCUGUAAGAAAGAGGACGCACCUGACUGCCAGCAUAUCCUGCAUAAAAGCAUGCGAUACUGAAAAAUCUUUGCUUUCUGUGAAUAUGGUGACAAAAACCUUUAUUUCGCUAAAAGAUCUAAUGUUAAGAACCUUCAUUUUCCAUGCACGGAAACCUCAAUCUUCCUCAUUCAGCCUACAUUCAACCAGAUUCAAGGUCCAUCACCAUCACAUCUUUAGCUGUUUAUGUUUUCUUCGAAACUGUUUUAAGGGGAAGAUGGCCCUUGGAGACAUUAAAUUAGGCUAGUAAAUCAUGCAUGCUUUAUUUGUUUGUUUUACAAGUACCAUAUCUGUGCUUAGUCUAGCAAGAACAUGGUCAAUUUUUUUUUUUUACCAUGGUUUAGUUACUUAACUUAGUUUUCAGAAAGGGAGCGUCAUUAUAAAAUGUAUUUAUGUUCAUGCUAUUUGUUUCUUUGUUGCACUAAUAGACCUUGGCUUUGAGUUUUAACCCAAGUUAUAACUAGGCUGUGUCCGAAUAGCUAGCGUCAACAAUCAAGAAAGAACGUUGAAACGUGAAACUUAGCAACCGUAUCCAAGCAACGGAAACAUUCGGUGUCUUUCACCAGUAUUAGAUCUAAGGGCUGGUAAAUACUUUAAUUUGCACCAAAAUAUGAUGUCAUCCCAAAUUUUAGUGUCUCGCCCUUAUUUUGACACUCGGGUAGCGGCGCAGAAUGGCUCGCAGCCGGCGGUCACAAACCCGGAGACCACCGUUAAAGAAAGCGUGUACGCCGGUACAUCCGCCGGUCUGGCUACGGCGGGCUACCGAAGCUCCAAAUACACCCCCGAGGAGUGGCUCGCCAACAACUCCGCUCUGUUAAACCGCUCCGUCGCGGACCGGGAUCACGCGGAGAGGAUUUGCACCGAGUCCAAGGCGCUGAAAGCGGAGACCGACGCCGGGACUUUGCGCACGCAGACCGCGGGCACCAAACACCUGGGCGGCCGGCUGCAGGACAUCCACCGCUGGAGAUCCGAGCUGGAGCGGUUCAUCGAGCGGCUGAGCGCGGAAACGGACCUGCUGACGGCCUCCAGGCGGCGGCUGGAAAGAGCGCUGGACGCCACGGAGGUUCCCUUCGCCAUCGCCACCGAUAACCUCACCUGCCGGGAGAGACGCUUCGGACCGGAUCUGGUGGAGGACCAGGUGGAAGAGGAGCUUCUUAAGGAAGUGGAGCUGAUCAGAAGCAUCCAGGCCCUGCUGAAAAAAACUCUAGAUCAAACCGUCAACCAGAUAAGGUUGAACCGGGAGGUGAAGCAGACUCUUGAGUUAGACUGGUCUGAUAAGCAGCAUGCCUACAGUCUGGACGACCAGUGCGGACGCUUUAACAACAGGAGCACCGACACCCAGCGGCAUCCCAGCUCAGCCGUGCUGCAGGACCAGGUGUGCGACGAGGAGGUUUGGCGUAAGUUUACUCGAGAUAACCUGCGUCUGGCGGAGAGAGAGGAGGCGGCGAGCCAGGCCCUGAGGAGGCUGAUCGAGCGGGUCCUGCAGGAGACGUCCGAGGACCUGCGGGCGCAGUGCGCCGCUGUGGAUCGGGCCUUCAACCAGCGCUGCAUGGAACUGAGUCAAGCCAAAACACAGCUGGAGCUGCACCUGGCACAGAUUCUAGAGCAGAUCGGGGCCCAGGAGAGGAAUAUCUCGCUGCUGCAGCAAGCUGUGUAUGAUAAAGAAGCUCCUCUCAGAGUGGCUCAAUCUAGACUGCAUUGCCGAACCUUCAGACCCAACAUGGAGCUUUGCCGAGACCAACCCCAGCUCAGUUUGUUAGGUGAGGUGUCAGAGCUCAACAGUACAGUAUCAGCCCUCCAGCAGCAGCUGUAUGAAGCGCGCAAAUCCUUGUCCGACCUGGAAGAAAGCAGAAUGUCUCUGGAGAAAGACAUCUCGUGCAAAACGAAUUCUCUCCUCAUCGACCGAGAGAAGUGUAUGACGCACCGCACACGCUACCCUUCUGUCACAGUGCUGUCUGGAUACUGACACAGUGCACUUUUUAAAGGGAGGUCUGGAUUCAGCCACUUCCGGGGGCAUGUAGUGUUUUUUGAAUGCAGUGGUUUUGGCAAUUGUGUUAACAUUUUUUAGUUGACUCCACUUAAAUUUUUUAGUUGUCACUUACAUUAAUGAUUAAGACUUUUUUAGUUGAGUCAACUAAAAUAUUUUAGUUGACUCAACUAAAAAAUGUUUAGGCAGCGGGGUAACAAGUUAUUUCAAGUAGAAACAACUAUUGUUCGUCACAUUGUAUCAUCUGGUUUUAAAGAAAAUGUUUUUUGGAAAUAAAGCUAACGUUCUAGUUUUAAAUGAUGCAGAAUAUACUGAAAUGGUUUAGUGUGUACCAUUUAUUUGACAUCGAUAUUGUUUUCUACGUACUGUAUUAUGAAAUAACUAAACUAACGGUAAACUUUUUUUUAGGCCUACACAAAUUCAAAGUUUAAAACAUUAUUCAAAAAUGAACAUUUCUACACACGUCAUAUCAUUUCGAGCCUAUAUGACUUUUUUUCUU